AUGCCCUUCGACUUGGCCAACGAAGCAGGGUACCAACCUCCGUUCCCAAAAAUAGCUGAUAACUUGUCAUCGCCCUUGGGAACAAAGACCCCCACAUCACAACCCACUUAUCUAUGCCUAAUCCGGGCACUUCCAAGCCUCAGAUGUGCCCCCACGGUGCUACUGCUUACAAGUUACACUGCACAGUCUGACGACUCCUCACGUAGUCCUCAGGUAGCAAUCAAUCAUAAAAAUCGAGGACGCGGUAAGAUUUCGCGACCAGAGAAUAUACAUCAGGAUAGUGGGGAUGUGACCGCGGGAAUGCUUAUCUCCGAAAUCACACAACAGACAUUUUCUCAGUCCGCGGGACAAACUGGAAAUGACGAGAAGAAAGGAGAGAAAAUUCCCAUAAACCGUGUCAAGAGCCGGUUAUCCAAUUUUCAAUUUGUCCGUGAUGAUAAUAAUGAUAAGAAUCAUCGGCCACAAAGUUUGCCUCAAACUCUGGAGAUCCUAAAGUCAAUCGAUGAACAGAAACAAAGAAAACGAAGUUCGGGAUUGAAACUUGAUCUGACUCCAUCUAAGGAGGGGUUCCUGUCCCAGAACACAAACAGGUCCCAAGAAUCGGCCAUUUUCUCCCGUUUUGAAAGGUUUUUCGCAGACUUGGAAACCAUCGAUUCUAUAUCACAUUCUCCAAUUCUUGACGCCUGUGGCUGA